AUGGGUAUUUGCUGGGUCAGCGACUGCUUGCGAGACGCGAAUCAGAAAUGCUCGGGGUGCAAAACUGCCACCUACUGCAGCAGCGCCUGCCAGAAGGAGAACUGGAAGCACCACAAGAAGGAGUGCAAACUCCAGCGCAUGGUCUACGAUAUGGAGCAAAAACGAGAGGAAGAAGAGAAGAUCAACCCGCCUCCAAAGCCACGCAAGACCCACUGCACCGGAUGCAACGAGAGAUUCAAAGAAGACUGGGUAGAAGUCGACCAGGAAUGCCCGGACUGCGGCUACAUAACCUGCGAGAGCUGCUCUUGCAGUAACUCUAGAGGCUCGUGCUACUGCCAGGAUUCGAAUUUCGGAUACGCGUACUGCUCUCAAGAGCCGCGUUCCUAUCAUAGGGGCAAGAAGGGCGGUUUUAUGGGCGACUACCAUCCCGCCAAGGAGGACGGCUACGACCUCAACAAAGACGACUGUCCCAAGAUGUUCGAAAAAGAGCCCCGGCCGUGUAACAGGUGUGGGAAGGUCGUACAAUGCCUGAGGAAAGAAUACCGCACAGUCACUUUCUAA